CCACUCCAAGGUCUGCGGGGCUCAAACCGCUACAACAACUGGGACAUUGCGCCUGCAGCCACCCAAUUACAUGCCCUUGGCAAAAGGCAAUUUACCUCCCCUUCUUCGAUACCCAGACAGCCAAGCGCGUGCGAGAGGGAGGGAGUAAAGGAGGAGGAGGAAGGGAAUUUGGUCUGAAGACGGCUGGCUACCAGCUAACAGCUAACUAACACCUGGGCUUUCGCUUUUAUCCUCGCGCCGUCUGUCUGUCACAAGGUAGCUGCAGUCGCGAGGUUACUUACCCUCGUCAGGUUAGUCGUCUGCCACAGGGUCCAAGUGAUCGCGCGUUGUAGGUCGGAUCCCCGCUUCGGCGCGCACCUGGCCCGCGUGUCGGCGUCGUCGCGACAGGUGUAAAGCCGCUGUCGUCGCCGCAGUGACACAACAUUUGUCCUCGGUCCGUGAUGGUAGUCUGGAGUUUGCCGAACUUCUGCGUGGAUUUUCCCCGACAGUCCGUACUUCUCUCUCUCUCGGUGUGUGUCAGCAGCAGGAAGCACCGCAUCACCCGUGACAGGGAAGGUGUGAGUGGAUGAGUGGAUUCGAGGAGAGAAAAUACCUGACGCCAGGACUUACUGUGCUUCAGUCGUGUCAUAAGUGAUGUUUGGGUUUAGAGGAUCGUUUUUGUGAGAAUUAUAUUACUGCUUCGUUUAAGUGAUAUCUCGAUAGAAAAAACAAAAGCAGGAUGUGAUUCCCGUGGACAGCAAAGCUUUACAACAGCCUGCUGAUUCCACAAAAAUUGAAAUGGCUGGCGGCGGCAUCGUCGUCCUGCUCGUCUUCGUGUCGUCGUUAUUGCCACUCUCUUACGGCGCGCGACACGGUUGCUCCUUUGUCCGCUCCCACAAGGGUCAACAGUGCGUGUACAACAUCCACCUGACAGAGAGCCACAGCGACUGCAGCCAUGCGGGACUACAGGACCGCGUGGAGAUGGACGUGCAGAACGACUACGAGCACAAGAUCGACAACAUGAAACGGGACUUCACCUUCCUUAAAGACGAACAUGAAAAGAGACUGAAGGAACUAGAGGGCACGGUCAGGGACCUGCUGGGACAGGACGCUUCGUCCCCUAGCAUCCUGCAGAUCCCGACCAAAGACCUGGACCUACCUCUCAAGCCACAAGCCUCCAACCGCUACGAAGGCGACCACGUGCUGACUCGACUCCAUGACGAGUUUGGCAAGCUCCGACAGACGCUCAAGGCGAAGACCGAGGAGCUGAUGGACGCGCAGAUGAGGGUCAAUGAGACGGAAAAGAUGCUGCAGCAGCGCCAGAUGGACCUGCUGGACGCCAACCAGGAGCUGUUCAACGCCGAGAACAAGAUUGCAGUGCUGGAGCGCGAACGGGCGGUGCUGAAGAAUCAGCUCAAGGACCGCAACUACAAGCUGGACGUGUCCUCGGGCCGCCUGACGGAGUGCGAGACCAAGCUGACAGACCAGCAGAAUCAGCUGCUGGAAGUCAUCCGCUCGGAGAACCUGCUGAAGGAGGAACUGAUGACCUGCCAGGUCAUCCUGAACAAGACACAAGCGGAGAACGAGAAGCUGGAGAGCCGCCAUGAGGCACUGCAGGCGCGCCAUGCCUCGGUCAAGAACGUGCUGACCAUCAGGGAGCGAGAGCUGAUAGACUGCUACUCGGCCAAGACACAGACCUUCUGUGGCUUCGAGGACAAGUUCCUGUGUGGCUUCAUUCAGACCAAUGACACCUCAGAUUUCUUCGACUGGGAGUGGGGUGAGGGCGGCACACCUUCCCAAAACACGGGACCGACCGGCGAUCACACCUGUGGGUCGAACAAAGGUCACUUCAUGUUCAUCGAGGCCUCCGCCAGGGGGCGCGGAAAGAACGCCAUCAUCUACUCGCCGCUGUACCGCGGGCUGGUGGAGCAGUGCGUUCAGUUCUACUACCACAUGAACGGCCGCCAUAUUGGCACGCUCAACGUCUAUGCGCAGGCUCGUGGCGCUGGACUUGCUUCUGUCUGGCGUGCCUAUGGCAACCAGGGCGACAUCUGGUCAGUGGCAAGGCUGGCCAUUCCCAAGGAGCUUGCCAGGGCAGGUUACCAGAUCGCUUUCGAGGGCAUCACUGAAAACGGUUUCCAAGGUGACAUGGCUAUUGAUGACGUCAGCGUGGCCGACGGGCCGUGUCCCGUGGAGCAGGGCAUCCAGACGGUUCAGGUGCAGUUCAACGAUACGACGACCUCCCUCAUCGACGAUGGCAAAAACUUCGCUCGAAACAUUAGGAAGGGACGGCUUGCCCGCAUCUUUAAGAAGAAAGGAGAGAACAAUGCAGAGGAGAAACUCGUCGACAAAGGACAAGAGUGAUCCCCCUUUACAGCUUGCACUUCUCUCCCCCAACAUCGCUUAUAGAGGACAUCGCUUCAUCGACUGACACUUUGCAAAGAGUUCUGGUCAAUAGACCGAAGAUAAUUCUUUAUCAAAAUAGCAGAAAACAGACUGCUAACACACAGGGCACUCUUUUUGUAAGAAAAACUGAAUUUAACCCAUUAUUUGAACAGGGCUUCUAGAUUCUGCUUUGUGUAUUUGUGGUGCUUUGGUCUUUUGGACAGACCGCGAGAAACUUUGCCUACUUCAUUUUAGAAAAUGUAUUUUAUACCCGGUCUGGCUAACAGUCUGCGAGUGAUUUUGUCGGAAAGUUGUACUAAAACACUUACUAUGCUUGUGGAAUUCAUGACACGAUGAAAGACGACUCAGCAUGGCCUCCAGUUCAGAAUCGUUGGUUUUUAUAAGGACUCUGACUCUUGUAACAUAUUUUGAAGUGUCUUCACAUUCAAAGAACGACUCAGAGGGUCCUCAGAGUUUUACAAACUCUUCAGAGCCUAAAAUCGUUUGCUGGUGACAAUUUGUACACAAACUGUUAUUAGUGAGAUUUAGUUUUCAAUCUCUUUGGUCGCCUUUCACCUGUCUUUGCUCCUCAGGUAACUUAUUUUCAGCUUCAGAUUUGAAAUUUGUAACAGUAACACAGUAACAAUUAUCCUACUUGUGCUUUAAAGCUGCGAGAGUUUUAAUUUGUUGCCUUUCAGAAUAAAAAUUUUUGCCAUGCGUUGCCAUUUCUAAUUUAACAAAAAAAAAAUUUUUAGUGGAUGUCAUCAGUUGAGUCCUUAGCCUUGUCACUGUUGUAUUAACAGAAGAUAUCUUCAUGGAGCGUGCGCAGAAAAAUUCUUAAAAAUACUUAAUUAUAAAGUCUUGCCCUCUUGGUUCCAGUCCUUCAAAAGGUCUUCAUUGCUUGUUGCAUUCUCAGUGUUUUGAGUUCAGAUUUUCUCCUUUGAUUUUUGGUGGUCUGUAAAUGUAAUUGUGUCAGGUCCGUGCCAUUCAUAACAACAUAAACAAGGACACGGCCAUGUUUACCAAAGUUCCACGAAGUCUGCAGUAAGCUACAGUAUGUCUAGACUCCACGAUGUUUAUGAUACUGAGAAGUUCAAAGUCGUCUGCUUAGCAGCAAUAUUAAAUAUUCUUGAUUUAAUUACUACUAAGUGUAGUCUUAUCUUCAAUAUGAUUGCUAAGUGUUGACAUUUUAGUAACAUAGAGGAAAAUAAAUGAGGCAGCUACUAUAUUUUGAAUAGAACUAUCCCCUCCCCUAAUUUCUCCACUUCUCGUAUUCUGGGAUUUUUUAAUCAAGUAAAACAGAUGGAAGAUAAUUUAACAGUUAAAAUUUUGUAGACGUGUAAACAACAUAAUACUGGAGUGACUGGCAGAUGGGCUUUCUAAGACGGGUUAUCUGCUUGUUGUUUUUAUCUAUGUCCUGUGUUUUCUGUUGUUGUUUUUUCUCAUCAACAAGAUUAUUCGAAACCUUCUUAUUGGCUUAAUGAAUAAAGUAUUUCUUCUUUUUUCUCCUUUCUUCCUUUUGUACAUUAUGACAUCUCCGACCUCGUUUUACCAGUGGCUUCCUAAUUUUAGAUAUAUUUUAAAUUGAUGAUAGCAGGACGGCGCAGUUUAUGUAUUUGUCAUGUUCUCUUUGUUGAUCCCACAUACACAAACAAUAAUAGUCCAAAUAAUUACCUUGUACCUUAUUAAUUAAACUGUUUCAUUUAGUAAUUUUUGAUUCAUUUAUAUUUACACUUUUUAAAAUGUCUCGCUGUCGCCAGUGAUAUUAAAAGUGAGUAGUGUUGCCUUUGACUGUCACCGUUUGAUACCCGUGAGCGUUGCUGGGUGCAGUCUGUACUCACUGUAACAACCAACGAAUAAUAAAGCUGGAACAAUC